GACGAGAUUUCUCCUGGCUCGGCUGUUCUUGACGUGCCCCGAGCGAGACAAGGAGAGGGCGAUGAAGAUCUUGGUGAGAGGGAUCACGGCGGCGUAUGGGAAGCUCCAGGUGAAGACGCUGCUCCACAUAGCCGAGGCGUUCGGGACGGACGAAGGGGUGAAGAGGAUGAUGGGAGUUUAGACGAAGGGGUUUAACGCUGAGGCAGGGGUAUAGGGUUUUGAUGAGGUUAUGGCGCUUCUUCGUCGGCUGGUGAGGAGUGGUGGGUUCUUGGGCCUGACAAGGAACAGCAACACCGAAUGCGGCAUUGGAGUCUCCUUGAGGUAUGCGUCCUCGGAUUCCAAGAAGCCAGGUGACAAGCAAAAGGCUCCCGGCUCAUCGAAGAAAGAGGAGAAAGCCGGAUCAAAGAAGGAACCAGCAGUCGCCAGUGUAGAAGAUGCCACUGUCGGCUAUGCGAAGAAAGCUCCCGGAUCGAAGCAGGAAGAGAAAGCAGCGCCAACAUCUGAAAGUGGCUAUGCCAAGAAAACUUCUGCGAAGGCUUCCAAGGACGCUGGGACCAAAGAUGCUGGGAAACAAGCUCUAGAGGAUGACAAAGUUCCUCAAACGGCUUCAGCAGCUAGCGAGGGGGAUGUAGCUCCGCCAGCCGAGUCGACGCCAGCUCCCAGCGAGAGUGUGGAAGAGGUGGCGUAUCCCAAACGACGCACAAUGCCGCUCCCGGAAGAUAGGCCAGCUCCGGAGGUCGAGGAGGUCGAGGCCCAGGCAGCUCCAGCAGUGAGAAAAGCUCCACCAAGGAGACCUUAUAUGCCAUCACAAAUGGCCUACGACUACACGCUCCCUCUACCGAAGAUCAUCAAGGAGACGGCGACGAAGGAGAAGAAGGAACUUGUCAGCCUGGGAGAAGCCAUUCGACUUGUCAAGAAAUCCGCUCACUGCAGAUUCGUCGAAACAGUGGAAGUACACAUCCAGUUGGGAGUCGACCCGAAACGGUCUGAUCAGAUAGUUCGUGGUGCCGUGACGCUUCCCUACGGGAGUGGAAAGGUUGUCAAAGUCGCUGUUUUUGCUGACGGGCUGGCGGCGGAAGAGGCAUUAGCGGCUGGAGCGGACGUCGUUGGAACUGACGAUCUGGUUGAGAAAGUUCUUGCCAGUGGAGGAAAACUUGACUUCCACAAAUGUAUUGCCAUCCCCUCCAUUAUGCCAAAGCUCGGAAAGAUUGCGCGUAUACUGGGACCGCGAGGCAUGAUGCCAAAUCCCAAGACGGGGACCGUGACUGUUAUGGUAGCCGACGCGGUGAGAGCCGCAAAGCAGGGACGUGUCGACUUUCGAGCAGACAAAACCGCUAUCAUUCAUGCCGGGCUCGGAAAGGUCAAUUUUCCGGACGAGCACCUGUUCCAAAACAUCGCCGCGUUCUCGGCAGCAGUUCUUGGUGCGAAACCAGCAGGAUUCAAGAAAAGCUCCAGGUAUACUGGUUUCUUUGACAAGUUCUACCUCUCGUCCACGAUGGGACCCGGCGUACCAGUGACGAUCCAAUCGGUGGCAACAGCAUCAGACAACUAUAUAAAAUCGCAAGCCGCCGCAGAGGCAGCCUAGCGAGUUCCUUUUCUUUGAUUUCCUUUUUGUUUGAUCCCCUCGAGCACGCUACCACAGCUGUCGCAAGCCGGAUCAUUUUGCUACUACAUGCCAUGCUUACACAAAUUUCUAAAACCUUAAGCAUGAACUUUCAUUCCA